UCCUCCAUGCUCUAUCCCGGCAGAGGGUCUCAUUCAUGCUUCAAGACAGCGGUUCACUGCGAGCUUCCAGGCCCUCGGAUCAACUGUUUUGAUCCGAUCUGGCCUUUUGACAAAGGAAGACUUUCCGCACACACGUAUUUUUAAGAAUAUUCUGAGACGGACUCGCUCUGAACUCUCUGAGGAGUUGAACAAGCCGAGCAGGUGAUCAUUAGCGCUUGAACUGACGCUGGAAAUUUGGGCUUGGACAAUGCUUGCACAUAGUGUGGGGAUAUAUCUAUUAUCAUCGUUUCAGCCUUAAAAGAAAGUGUGAGUGGAUUUUUACCGAGACGCCUUCUCCAACAUCACACAGCGUCGGUCAUUUAUUUUUCAAAGCUCUGUGAAAGCUCAGUUUUCUUGCGGCGCUCUGGAGGAGCGCAGCGAGUUGGGGUGGACCUUCUGUUGUUUGCCAAAGUGCUUUAGCUCUUCAACUCAGUUUUUUCUUAAGUUCAAAAAAGUGCACCGAAACGAGCAGAACAGGGCUUAAAUGUUCGGGAUCCAGGAGCAUCUGAUACGAGAAGUGAGCGGAUUAAAAGAGAGAAGUCUUGGAGAGGAGAUGGAUCCAGUCCGGUCGUGGGUGCGUAAUGUCGGCGUUGUGGAUGCGAACGUAGCGGCGCAAAGUGGAGUAGCUUUGUCAAGAGCUCACUUUGAGAAGCAGCCGCCCUCAAAUCUCCGCAAGUCCAACUUCUUCCACUUUGUCCUGGCGCUCUAUGACAGACAUGGCCAACCUGUGGAGGUGGAGAGGACUGCGUUUGUGGACUUUGUUGAGCAUGAUAAGGAGCAGACGGGAGAAAAGACCAACAACGGCACUCACUACAAGUUACAGCUCCUCUACAGCAACGGGGUUCGCACGGAGCAGGAUCUUUACGCACGACUUAUUGACUCCGUCACUAAACAGCCCAUUGCAUAUGAGGGACAAAACAAGAAUCCAGAAAUGUGCAGGGUUCUGCUCACACACGAGGUUAUGUGCAGCCGCUGUUGUGAGAAGAAAAGUUGCGGCAACCGAAAUGAGACGCCCUCUGACCCGGUCAUCAUUGACAGGUUUUUCUUGAAGUUUUUCCUGAAAUGUAACCAGAAUUGUCUGAAGACAGCAGGAAACCCGAGGGAUAUGAGGAGAUUUCAGGUGGUCUUGUCCAGCACUGUGAGUGUAGAUGGCCACGUCCUAGCAGUGUCUGACAACAUGUUCGUCCACAAUAACUCAAAACACGGUCGGAGAGCUCGCAGACUGGAGCCCGGCGAGUCUGUUGAGAAUAGUAUGGAAUAUGCCACCCCGUGUAUCAAAGCCAUCAGCCCCAGUGAGGGCUGGACCACCGGAGGGGCCAUGGUCAUCGUCAUUGGGGAGAACUUCUUUGACGGGCUGCAGGUGGUGUUUGGCAGCAUGCUGGUGUGGAGUGAGCUGAUCACACCGCACGCUAUCCGUGUCCAGACACCUCCUCGACACAUCCCUGGGGUCGUGGAGGUCACACUGUCUUAUAAAUCUAAACAAUUCUGCAAGGGAGCACCUGGACGCUUCAUCUACACAGCCCUAAAUGAGCCAACUAUAGACUAUGGUUUCCAGCGCCUUCAGAAGGUCAUUCCUCGACAUCCUGGUGACCCAGAGAAACUAGCCAAGGAGAUCCUCCUGAAGAGAGCAGCAGAUCUUGUGGAGGCUCUGUACGGAAAUCCACACAGUAAUCAGGACAUGCUGCUGAAACGUGCAGCCGACAUUGCAGAGGCGCUCUACAGUGUUCCCCGUCCUCACAGUCAGCUGCAGGCGCUUCCCAGCUCACCAGCCCAUGGCAGUGUCAUGGGCCUGGGCUCCUAUCCUUCUCAGUUAGGCGUCAGCAUCGGGGAGCCUGGACAGAGCAGCCAAGGUUACAUUCGGAAUUCCAGCAGUUUGUCUCCAAGGGGUUACCCGUCAGCCUCCACUCCUCAGCAGUCAAGCUACGGGGGCAGCGGAGGGAUGACUGGAGGCUAUGGGACGGUUCCCAUGACCAGUCUAGGAGUACCUGGAUCUCCUGGUUUCAGCAGUGCCUCCCCAACAGGCUCUCCCUACAUAAUGCCCUCCAGCCCCACUAUACCAGGAAGCUCCAGCUCUUCAUCGUCUCUCUUGCCUUUCUCUUCCUUCCCAUCUGCUGCUAAACAGAAGAGUGCUUUUGCUCCUGUCCUCAGGCCCCAGGGCUCUCCCUCCCCUGCAUGCCCCGCCUCAGGGGGGAACAGCUUCAGAGGUAGCCAUCCAACUCAUUAUCUGACCCCCCUGUCCGAACUCACGAAUGCAGUCUAACCCCUUAUACUAACCACUCGAAAGCUUUGACUGAACAAGACAGAAAAAAGUUGCUGGAUGUACAAUAAUGCAAGACCUGAUUGAUUAGAAUCAUAGAUUUUGUAUAUUUUUUUCUCUCCAGCGAUGACGGGCCUGGUUGUUCCCCCGAUGUAGCAAAGCACCCACCCCAAUCUACCCCAGACCACUGCUUCACUUAGCCCCUCUUUUGGCAUUAAGAGGGCAGGGAGAAUGGAAAAUUGAUCACUAGUGACCAUGUAUAACUUUAACCUUCCUGAGCCCCCUCCAUUUCUUAGUCCCUUUUUCAUCCAGGUGGAUGAACAGGAUGGGGUGUGAAAAUGUCCAAAGACCAGCCAAAUACUCCAGAGGCAGAGCAGAUUAUUUCACCCACAGCUACAGACAGACAAUGCUCCUUAGCUAACAGCACCAGACUGGACCAUAUACUGCUGUGUGUGUCAUGAAGCGUCUGCAUUUUGAAAGGAAACAAAAGGAAAACUGGUCCUAAUUUCACCCCAAGCUUCAAAAACAUCUGUAUUUACCUCUGACCUACUAUCACAUGCAGUAUCUGGUUCUUCCAACGCCUGCCCAAACCUUGGCCAGAGACGUACAGGAUGCGCUGCGAAAGCACUGAAUGUUUUUGGAUGAUGGACAACUCUCAUAUAAUGUUGCAGCUCUAAGAAGCAGGGUGCUAUUUGUCUGUGUAUGGACACCUUAAAUGGCAUGUGUGUACACUGUCUGUGAGUUAGCGAGAGGUUUUUUUGUAGUAGACUUUUUGAAGACAAUUUACAUUCCAGAAAAACAGACCCUUUAUUUUUUGUUCUGAUCUCUACGGUUUUACAAGGGAGAACUCUUUGUCUCAAGGGUUAUUACUAAAGGAAUUCAUAUAUUGAUUUAUUUAAGAACAAGCAAUUUAACUUAUUAUAGUUAGUUUAGGGAAUAAUAUAAACAUGUUUUUAUAAAGUGGUCCUUUUCCAACUGUUACUGAAAUUAAAUUAUCUUAACAAUUGCUGAUUAAUUAGCAAAAUGAUCAUAGGGAAUUGAUGUUUUGGUGGAGAAGAUAAACUCUUUUUUGGAAUAAAACAACCCCAGCUUUCAGGUUCUUGCAUAGCAAAAUCUUAAUGUUAUGCCCAAAUCUAAAGAAGAUUAUUGGCCUUGUGUAAAGGAAAAAUGUUAGUUAGCCUUAUCCUUUUUAAUUUCACUUAUAAUGCAUGCUUUGUCACACCAAUGUCCUGAUAUUAUUUCAUUCCACAUUGCAAAUUUGAAUUUAUAUGAUUAUAACUUAUAGAUUUUACAGUUUAAUUUUAAACGUCUCAACCCAGUACAGGUUUCUAGUCACUAUGCAGUACAGUAAACGAAAGCACAAAAUGCUCAGUAGAAAAGAACAGGGCGUAUUAGGUGUUCAUUAACCCAUAUCAUGCUGUUCUUACUCAUUGAUUUUUGUCAUCGCAACACAAACUUCAUUCUCAGGACGAGAAAACACAAAGAGUAGAUGACAUUUGCAAAUUUGUUUUUAGAGUUUGGUUAAUUUUAUUUAUUUAAAAAUUAUUAGCAAUUUAAUAUUAUGCUUUUUGAAGCCAUCUUUCUUUGAAACGGUACAAAAAAUGGUGCAAAUGUGAUUUGUAUAUCUCAAGGUGUAAUUAUAUUUUGUGCUCCAAAUAAAACAAAUGAGAAAAAAGUCA